AUGUUGGCAGCUCGACCUGUUGCAAGACUCGACAACAAGCGGAGAGCGGUGCUGGAUCCUCGCAAGAGGCAAUUCGCAAAGUCACAAUGGCAGGAGCAGAGUUACGAGCAUGCCAUGAACUUCUACAACAUACCGCCGACGGGUGACAUUGCUCUUGAAGAGUUUGAGGAGUGGGGCAUUGCAAGACUGAAGGUCCUGGCCGAACUCGAAUCAUGCCAAUUCCGCAACCGCAGUGCCGAAGAAACACAAACGUACAUGAAGCCCAUCUUGGAGAAAUACCUACGACUGGACCAGAACUCUUCACGAUCGACCGAACACGAGAUUCAACGUAAACGCGACCACUAUUCGCAUUGGACUCUCCGCCUCGCCUUUUCCGCAACCGACGACCUUCGUAAGCGCUUCGCAAGACUCGAGACACAACUUUUCCGCCUGAGACUCAACCAGAACGAUGCACGAGAACGCAAGGACUUCAUUCAAAGCCUCAACAUGAGCUGGGAGACGGUAUCCGACGACGAAAAGUCCCGCUUGCUGGACGAUUUGAAGAGUGCCACUGGUGUAUACAAGGGCGAGGAGGAAUCGUGGUUCAAGGUCGACUGGGAGAACGUGCCAGAGCUGGUCGACCAACGGAAAGUCCUUCUCAAGAUGGGCAAGGCCUUUGUCCACAUGCGCGAGCAGACAAGCAUGGUCGUUGGAGAGUUCAGCAGACAGCUCGAGGCCGGCCUCGAGUUGGCCGCUCGUGCUCUGCCGCGUAUGGACGAGGACAACCGCCUCUCGCCCAUCCUCACUCAUCUCUCCAAAUCCUUCGCCUCACCCGACGCCCAGUACAACGCCGAUGCCUCCUCCAUCUCCGACACGACUGUCAUCACUGCCAACAUGAUCGACGCUCUGGCUUCUCACUUCCCUCUUUGCAUGCAGAGUCUCCACCGCGAAUUACGCAAGAACAGCCAUUUGAAGCAUUUCGCCAGACUGCAAUACACCCUCUUCCUGAAGGGCAUUGGUCUCGACAUGAAUGAAUGCAUUGUCUUCUGGAGAAAGAGCUUCAAACUCAUGACCGACGACAAAUUCAAGAAGGAAUAUCUCUACAACAUCCGUCACGCUUAUGGUGAUGUCGGAGGUGACUCCAACAGACGAGGCAGAGGAUACACUCCCUACUCAUGCCAGAAGCUCAUCACCGAUAUCCCGAGCAGCGGCCAAAGCCACGGUUGUCCAUACCGAUGGUUCAGCCAAGACAAUCUCAUGGGCCUCUUACAAGCCACCGGCGUAAACGAUCGCGAAGUCCUCAAGAGCGUCAAGGAGGAUGUCACAAAGACUCGCUACCACAUCGCAUGUAACCGCGUCUUUGAGCAUCAACACAGGAACGAGAUCAAGAAGGUGAAGGAUCAAUCACUAUGGCCCGCCAGUGAGCUCGACACCAUCACACAUCCAAACACAUACUUCAAGCGCAGCUUCAUGCUCAAGAAUUUGAACAAGUUCCAGAACGGUGAUAUUGGAGUGGACGGUCCCUCUCAGACGUCACAGGGUUGA